AUGUAUAUUCUGUUCAUUACUGCUGAGAGGUUGAGAUUCAAGUCAGAAAUUUGCAGGACAGAGUCCCAUGUUAGCAACGACAGUGAGGAAACAAAAGGGACGUUGGCAACUAUGAAAAAAGAAAUCGUUGAAGUAAAGCAAAAACUCGGAGAAAUGAAAGGCGAGUUGCCAAUUCCGAAGAACGGCUGGUACUUGUCAACAAUCUUGGGAAGUAAUUUGAAUCUUUCUCUGCUGAACAAAAAUGACCGAUACCGUUAUAAAGAGGAAUAUGAAAAGUUCAAAUUUUCAGUCACCUGUGCAGUCCUAAUAAUCUUCACUUUGGCUCUUUUCUUUCCAUCGAGAUUAAUGGAUGCACUGUGCUUCUUUUUACUCGUUUGGUAUUACUGUACUUUAACUAUUCGGGAAGCUAUUCUUAGUAUCAAUGGUUCGAGAAUCAAAGGUUGGUGGAUUCUGCACCAUUACUUUACUACGGUCCACUGUGGAAUAACACUGACUUGGCAUGACGGAGAAUGCUACCAGAGAUUCCGCACUCAAUUGCUCAUUUUUACCUUAUACAUUGCAGUCGUACAGCUGUUCCAAAGUCAGUAUCAAAAAGGAUGUCUUCGUCGUUUGCGUGCCCUUGGGCAACGUCACAGCAUGGAUAUUACUAUGAUCCCAAUUUGUAUAUCGUUCUUCUUGAUCGCCUGUGGCAACUCGGUUACUCUACUGAUGGUAUUUAUACAUAAAUGGAAGCAAAGCGGCUUGUACGCAACAUCGCUGGGAUUUACGACGAAAUACCGUUCUAAAUCAAUUUCAAAACUAGGCUGA